AUGUGGUUCGUGAAAUGCUUGGAAGAAUGGAAUAAUCUACUAGACAACCUGAAACCAAACGACCCUAAAUUAUACAAAAUUGCCAUAAAUCUAACACACAAGCAACCUCAACCAAUCCUACCCUCCCCCCCCACAAUACAGCCCAAUCCUCCAAACGAAGUCAAAUCCAUCAUAAAAACCCUUUCAAGGAGAAAAACACCAGGCCCAGAUGGGAUACCCAACACAGCCCUGCGACAUGCAUCCAACCGCACUAUAUUGCAUCUCACUAAAAUCUUUAACAGGUGCAUACGUCUAUCACACAUUCCUAGUAUAUGGAAACAUGCAAAAGUGGUCAUGAUUCCGAAGCCGGGGAAUACCAAAUCAGAUCCAGCAUCGGCCCAUCUCGUUACUCAACACAACGACGAUACUGUUCUAGAUUCUAAUACUAAAACGUCUCAAAUCAUACGUUGUCCCCUUCAUUCGACCAGACUAAUACGAUUUUCGCCUAGAACAUUCCACAACAAUUCAAUUAACCAAACUUGUCGACGAUCUGGUAUUCAUCUUUAA